AUGGCUAACACCACUAGUCCCCCACUACUCAUUGACGGCAGCACGCUCGGAGGCGGCGGUCAACUUCUACGCAACUCAAUCGCCCUCGCAGCUCUCCUUGGUAGGCCUAUCAAUGUCAACAAGCUGUCUCCCAAAGGCAAACAGCGUAGUCUGAAAGCGCAGGACGCCGCCGGACCACAUCUUAUUGCGGAUAUUUGCUCAGGUAACAUGGUAGGUUGCAAGAAAGGAUCGACAAGUAUCGAGUUGCAUCCAGGGUCUAUCUGUCUCGCUGAAGACUAUACUGCCGACUCCCAAACCGCCGGCUUGGUCGCGCUGCCCCUGCAAGUCGCGUUGCCAUGCCUUCCAUAUUCCUCGCCCGGCGCAUCCCUCGAGCCCGCAUACCUCACCUUCUGCGGUGCCACAAACCCGGUACAUCAUACAUGGCCCGCAGAUUGA